GUCGCCGAUGAGGAGGAGCUUGAUGAGGUAGUCGUAAUUUCUAAUGGUUGUCGUCAUGGCUGGCUGGCGCUAGAUUGUGUGCUGGCAGGAUAGAGGGAUGCGCGCGCAAAGUCUAGGGGCGUAGUUGCUGGGGAAUGAAGAUGUGAGAGUGCGGCCUUGAGUGUGCGCCUGUGUGUCUGGUGCUGCUGCUUCUUGCUAGCUUGACUGGGUCUAUGGAUAUCUGUUGCUGCUGCUGCUGUGUCGUGGUUGCUUGGGAAGGCGAAGAAGAAGGCGGGAACGGAGUCUGAGCAUGAGCAUGAGCAUGAGCAUGGACUGGCAGCAGCAGCAGCAGGAGAGAGCAUGCAGAGAGACACAGACCAGCAGCAGCAGCAGCAUCAAGGCUCCAGCUACCUCCUCACAGCAGCAGCAACCGCCUUCCUCAUAGGCCUCACCGUCGCACUCUCAAAGACACGCAAGCAGGCACACGCACAACCCCUCCCGUUCUUCCGCUCAAACGCAGCCCAUGACCAUGAUCCAGACUUCAGUCCAGUCAUCCAUGCAGCCAAGGCGUUUGGGAUGGGUACACUCCUCUGCUGUGGUUCAGCCACCGUUGUGGUCUGGGCAGCGAGUACAGCGCUGGAUGUCCAUAGCUUGCCCGAGUUCAGUAUACGCAUGCGACAGUUGCUGGGUAAGGCAGCGCCGAAGCUGCAACAGCGGCUCAGGGACGUCGAUACACUGGAGUCGCCUGGAUGGCAACAGCAGCAACAGGAUCAGGGAGAGUGGGACGCAGUCUGGGCAGAGGGACGGCGGAUUGAUCAGGAACGAGCAGAGGUCAAGCGGCGGCGGAAAGAGAAGAAGCAGAAGCAGCAGGAGCAAGGUCAGGGACAGCAGGAUGAGGCAUCAGCAUAG